GUUUUAAUUUUAUGUUGCUACAUAUGUUGUAGAAACUGAAUUUUAUUUUAGAGAAAACUACUAUGCAAAGUUCUGUAAAAAAUAAUAAGAGACAUCAAAAAAUUAAGAAAGAUAGAUGGUGUAAAGUCGGCCUCAAGUUUGCUAUUUCUAAAAUACACAAGAAUCUGAAGAUGGGCAACUACGCGGAACGGAUUGGUUGCGGCGCUUCAGUCUACUUGACUUCCGUCCUCGAGUACUUGGUGGCGGAAGUCCUUCAUCUGGCCGGGGAAGAGGUGAAUAAGUCCAAGAAGAUGAUCCUGCCUAAACACCUGGUCACGUCCAUCAUGAAAGACAAAGAGUUGAGCUCGUUGCUGUCUGGGGCCAUUAUCAUGGAGGCUGCGCUAGAACCGCACGGAGCUAGAGAGAUGGAGAAGCAGUAACCUUUAGCAAUGAGUAGUGGAAGAUGUAGGUUGGUUUCAUUUGUACGUCAACGACAGGUUUGGAGAGAAUGUUCUAAGGAAUGCGAUAACGUAAUGUUUUAAUAUUCUGUAUGGCAAUGAUGUGUUAAAAAGUUUUUUUUAACAAUUCCCUUCCUGUGAGGUAUAUAUAU